AUGAUGAUCAUCAAUGACAAACGACAUGAAACAAUAGAGAAGGGGCAAAUUUACAAGGACAAAGAAACAUUGAUAAGUACACUAUGCUACUUUGCAAUCAAGAAGACAUUUCAAUACAAAGUAGUGAAAUCUUGCACAAAAGAAUACAACAUAGUGUGUUUGGACACAAACUGCAAAUGGAGUUUAAAGGCUACAAAAAAUGGAAACACAGAAACAUUCAUAAUAAGGAGCUACGAAGAAGAACACACAUGUGCAGUUACAAUAAGAUUUGGAGAUCAACGACAAGCUACAUCAAAGUUGAUAGCAGACUUUGUAAAACCAAAAUUCUUGAACCUGAAAACAAAGUGCAGCCCUGCAGACAUAAAGACAGAAAUGAAAGACAAAUACGGAAUAAAGAUGAAUUACAUGAAAGCAUGGCGUAAUAAAGAGCGAGCACAAACCCAGCUACAUGGAAAUGCUAAAGAGUCGUACAAUCUCUUGCCAAGAUACCUGUACAUGCUACAGAAAACAAAUCCAGGAACAUUAAUAGACAUAGAGAAAGAUGAUGAUGACAGUUUCAAAUAUGCAUUUGUUGCAUUGAAUGCUGCUAUAAAAGGUUGGCCAAACUGCAAACCAAUCAUCGUGGUAGACGGUACAUUCCUAAAGGCCGCGUAUGGAGGCACGUUGCUCACUGCCAACACACAAGAUGCAGAAUCUAAAAUUUUUCCACUAGCAUACUGCAUAGUUGAUUCUGAGAACGAUAAAUCGUGGGAGUGGUUCUUAAAAAAAAUAAGAGAAGCAUUCGGGGUUCGAGAAUGUCAAUGCCUAAUAUCGACGUACAUGAAAGCAUCAUCAAAGCAACUAGGAAAGUGUUCCCUGAAAUAA